CUCCUCGCAUCCCUGCAUCCCUCCGUCCCUCCCUCGCCCGCCUCUCUCCCUCCCGGCAGUGCAUCCCCAUCCCCCACACACGGUGGCCGUCUCUCCGGGUGAAACCUGUCUUCCCAGCGCUACUGGCCCGACAAAAACGUUGCUGUAGCAGAGCCAGUCCGCAGCGAUCCGAAGCUCAGCAGGCCCACGAGAGAAAGAAACACACACAGAGUCUUUUACUGUUCCACCGAGUGGUUUUGAUUUGCAUAUCCACUUCCACUCCUCCCUCAUUUGCAUACAGCAAGAAUGGCGAGCGGGCAUCCCACAGACAAAUUCAGUUUCAUGUAUCAACCAGACACGCACAAGAGUAAAAGCAGGUUAUCUUCAGCCAUGAAUCCAGUCUACAGUCCUGUUCAGCCUGGCACUCCUUAUGGAAACCCCAAGAACAUGGCCUUCACAGCCUAUCCAGGAGGGUAUCCAGCCACAGCUCCCACCUACACUCCGAACCUCUAUCAAACAGGUAGUCCUGGGUAUCCACCAGGAUACACCCCAGCGGGAACCCCAUACAAAGUGCCCCCCACUCAGUCAAAUGGAGCACCUCCUCCCUACACCCCAACUCCCACCCCAUACCCCACAGCUAUGUACCCCAUCCGCAGUGCCUACCCUCAGCAGAACAUUUACGCACAGGGAGCAUACUACACCCAACCAGUAUACGCGGCCCAGCCACAUGUGAUCCAUCACACCACUGUGGUGCAGCCCAACAGCAUCCCCUCCACAGCCCUCUACCCUGCCCCAGUCCCUGUUCCUGCCCCCCGCAACAACGGCAUGCCUACCAUGGGGAUGGUAGCCGGGACAACCAUGGCCAUGAGCGCAGGGACUCUGCUGACAACGCCCCAGCACCCACCAAUUGGAGCACACCCAGUUACUGUGCCAACCUACAGGCCCCAAGGGACCCCCGGUUACAGCUACGUACCGCCUCACUGGUAGAGCCCACCCAUCAUGCCACCAGAUCUGGAGUCCACCAUCGUAUGCAACUGCUCAAAUGUUACACGAGCUCCCAGCGGUAACCACAAGAACUCGGCACCUGUCUGCAAGAACAAAACUAAAGUGCAACAGCCACUUUACUACUAUUAUUAUUAUUAUUAUUAUUAUUAUGCGACAUUCUCUAAUGUUUUUACAAAGGCUGCUUUUGUUUUUAUUAUUCUCUCUUCUGUUUAUUUGCCAACCAGUCAUUACGGUCUUAUUUUAUUUCCUCUCGAUUGUUUAGUUUUAAUUCCUCUAUUUUUAUUUUUUUAUUUUAUUUUGAUGUUUUUUUGCCGCGUCUUUCAUUGGAACUCCAGAAAGGACUCUCGACCAAUCGCAGGUGUCGGUCGGUCGCUCCUGUUUUUGUGUUGUGCUGGUGUGUGUGCUCCCCGCCUGCUGCCGCCGCCGCCGCUGCUCACUUUGCUGGAAAAUAUUGGGCAUCAUCAUCAUCAUCAAAGACUAUUGACUAAUGCUGCCAAAUUUUCUAACAACUAGAUAUCAGCACAGGGUUUUAACAUCAUCAGAUAAUUUUUUUCUUCCUGCUUUUAAGGGGGUAAUAAUAUUUUUAAAUGUCCUUUAUACUACCAACCUCAAUUGCUUUGCCUUUUUAUUUUUUCCUGCCUUCCUCUUCAUCCCUAUUUUUUCCUGAUUGUUUGAUUCUCAGUCCGAUCUCACUUGUCUUCCAACACGUAGUAGCUGUGUGUCCGUCAUCCCUUCUGCCACAUUCGUCGGUGCUGUGAGCACUUACAGAUCACGACCCGUCGUGUUUUCGCAUUUACGCUGUACCUAGUACACACUAACGAAAAAGAUUCGCCGACUUCAUGCUAGACUCUAUGCAGGCUGGUUUGUUGGGACACUAUUGGAAUGUUAACCUAUCUAGUUUGGGUCACAACAGUGACUCUUUGGCCUGUGGGUUUUUGCAUUUAAACUAAUUUAGGGGUUUUUUGGGGAUUACACUUAAACACACUCACACGUAGUGGCACUUACUGGACAGUACCUCCAGUUGUAAAACACACAAAAAGAAACAUGGCUAUCUGGCAGGUACUGCCAGCACAGAAUGAGUUUAAAGAGAUUGUGGGUGGGGGGGGGGGGGGGAAACACAUUGAAAGGCAGGCGAAGAAUUUCAAAGUACAAGACAUUUAAGUGUGUGACGUUUCUCCUUUAAAGGCGGACGGCACAUUGUGGCUAUUUUUGUAUUCUACAUCGAUUUUCUGUCUUCUCUUCUGGCUGUGGUCGUGCCAUCUCCUUCAACUUCCCAGGCGAGGACUAAUAAACAAACACACGACAGCUGAGGCAAAUUUAAUGAAGGCCCAAUAAAGCGAAUGCACUUCAGCGUCAUCCACUGCUGCUGAAUGACAGGUGGGGGUUGGGAGGGGGGGACUUUUGUAGGUCUAACAGGAAACGCGACACACCAACUCAAAUGCUGUUGUGAAUUUUGUUUCUUCCUCGUUUGUCCUCGUCUGGGGAAGAUUUGUGUAGAAGGUUAAAGACCGAUUGUGGGGGUUUAAUACUUGGAUAAGGCCCAGUGGCUUUUUUUUUCUUUGUUUGUUUAGGAUUUACUCUGAGGA